AUGAAGACAAAUUCACUCAGGCCCCUGAUCUCUUUGCGAGGUGGGCGUCAUGCAUGCCGGACUUACUCGUCGCUUUCCGAGCGCUUGCAUCAUGAACUGACCACAAGGAAACUCCCAUUGACUUACGAUUAUCUACACCCCCAACCAUCGCAUCUUCUGAACCUCACUCUCCGUGAUCUUCUUGCGCACUCUCAGACCUCCUCCGACUAUGCGACUUUGCCCUCAAUACACAACCCAUCCCCACUCCCUGUCGGUCAACACUUGAUCUACUUCCCGCCACAGGUGACCUUGUCCCAACUACUCCCAGACGGCACAGAUACGUUACACACACCGGGUGACCCAUUUAAUCGGCGUCUCUGGGCAGGCGGGAAUGUAAGAUUCCCCGUACGCAGUCCGCUACUGGAUGGCAGCCGCGCAGUCUGUAUAGAAUCCAUUCGCAAUGUGACAGUCAAGGGCCGCGAGGGGGACGAGAAAGUGAUUGUCACUAUUGAGCGACGCAUUGGAAAAGUUUCCGAACAAGAAACAGCAGAUCAAACCUGGAACCGGAUAUGGAAAGAGAACGAAGAUAACGUGGGAGAAUCGUCAGUCAUUGAGAAUCGGGACCUCAUCUUCAUGCGCCUCAAAACCAGCGCCCAGAUCGAGGCCGAUAAAGCACAAUUUGGAAAGUCAGGUAGGAUGGUGAGACCUCCCUCCGGUGCGACGUUCCGCCAUGCCCUCAUACCUACCAAAGCGCUGUUGUUCCGCUUCUCAGCGCUGACUUUCAAUGCUCAUUCCAUCCACCUUGAUAAGAGCUAUACUCAGAACCAAGAGGGAUACCCGAAUCUUUUGGUUCAUGGUCCGUUGACGCUCACGCUUCUGUUGAGUGUGCUUCAUCAACAGCUGAGUAGAUUAAAUCUCCGCAUCAGUGACAUUGAGUAUAAGAAUCUAGCGCCUCUUUUUGUCGAACAACAGUUGGUGAUAUGUGGCAAACCUAAGAAUGACACUGGGUCUUGGGAUGUGUGGAUUGAAGGUCCCGAUGGAGGAUUAGCUGUUCGGGGUACUGCGCGCACGAUGUCGGAAUAA